AUGGGUCGCGUAAAACCCGGCAAGACACCCCCAGACACAAUCACCGUAGGCCUCUCGGUUCGUGCUCGACGCAAAACCGGGAACGCCAGGGCAGCGUAUCAGAAACGCAUCAGCCAGACCCUGAAGGGCCUGCGAAACCUGCCCGUCGAUCCUCUGGAGCGUCUCGAUGUCCUGAUUCCCCGCGCCGGCCUUGUGCGCACCAGCUACCCAACAUGGGUCUCGUCAGCCGACAAGGCGCAAGCGCUGUGUCAAGCCUUGCAGAAAGACGGCCCAAACGCCCGCGACAUAACGCCCGUGCUCAUGGACUUCCUUGACCAGGUAGAGCGACACUUCCGCCUCCCAGUCCCGGAACUGCAGCUUGAGCGCGGCACGCCCCCUGAUCCACAGCCUCCAUGCCAUGACAGUUCCAACCCACCGCUGCGGGUGCGCUGCUGGGAGCAGAUCAUCAAGGCUUCCAGCCUGCCCAGCGACAUGCAAGUUGUCAUAGCCAAGGAGCUUAUGGAAUCACUGGAUGCGGCCCACUCUCGCUUCAUACGAAAGCGGAACAAGGGCAUCGCGAAGAAGAGGGCCAGGAUCGCUGCUGGCCGCGGAUCCGAGGCUACCGUCGCACUGGAUCAGACCGUGGAGCAGUUGAUGCCCAAGUCACCCUUUGCAAAAAGCCUAGUCAGGGUGCAUACCCUUUUACACACUCCCUGGACUGAACCCAGGCCAAGGACGUAUAGCGAGUAUGAUGAUGGCACCAACGAGGAUCCGGACUUGGGCGAAGAUGCAGACCAGGAUAUGGAGAUAGACGAAGACGAGGAGGGCUACGAUAUGAGGAAUAAUGAGGACGACGACAAUUCAUCAGACAACGGUUCCUUCAUGUUUCAAGACGACUGGGAAGGGAACGAGCCCGACAUGGACGACCAUAAUUUACUCCUUGGCGCUUCCGCGAGACCCAUCGCCGACUUUGCACAGAAAUCACAGGCUCGGCGACCGUUUGGCGAUCUCGCUCAGCUGCUUUCUAGUGCGCCAUCUGCCGGUCAAAAGGUCGACGUCUCCCAGGUCGACUUUCAGGGAUCGACUAUCAGCAUCGCGUUCGGCGCGUCCACGCAUGCCGAACGGGCUGCAAAACAGGCGAAGCGGCCAUGA